GUGUGACCCUUACCCCACUAAAUCCAUACCUUUCCUCUUUCAUCCACCGGAGCCCCAAAAUCGGCAUUUUCCAGCGAACCAAAUUCCAGACCUAACUUCACCCAAACGUCAUCUCACACACUGUACGGACCGGAAAAAUGGUCUCCGACGCGGACCUCGUCAGCCGCCUCCGGGACUUCCUCAGCACGUCGGACCUCAACACCACCACCAACGCCACCGUCCGCCGGCAACUCGAGGCCGACUUCGGUAUCGAUUUGUCCGAUAAAAAGGCCUUUCUCCGUGAACAGAUUAAUCUCUACCUUGAGCAAGCUCAGGCGCAAAAUGCGGUGAAGGAAGAGGAGGAGCGGCCUGCGGAGGAGAGUGUCUGCGGCGGAGAACAGGAAUCGGCCGCCGCCGCGGAGGAAGGAGAAGAAGAGUCAGAGGAAACGGAAGAAGAGGAGGCGGAGGGGGACGAGGAGUUGAAAAAAACUAGUAACGGAAGGAAAACUGCAAAGAAAAGGUCCAAGAAGCAGAAUAAAGAGGUCAGUAGGAGAGGUGGCGGAUUUACCAAAUUAUGUGGCCUUUCUUCCCAACUUCAGAAGUUCACCGGGGUACCGCAAAUGGCAAGAACUCAGGUGGUGAAGCAUAUGUGGAACUAUAUUCGGGAAAAUAAUUUGCAAGAUCCAAAUAAUAAGCGGAAUAUAAAUUGUGAUGAUACAUUGCGUGAACUUUUCGAGGUGGAUGCCAUAGACAUGUUUCAAAUGAACAAGGCCCUAUCAAAGCAUAUUUUUCAGUUGGACUCUGAUGGGGCUUCGGUGUCAGCUAAUUCAACAGAAUCAACACCAAAGGAAAAGAAACGAAAGAAAGAGAGCGAUGAAGAUUCAGAUGAGCCAAAGGGUGGGGAAAAGCGGCAGAAGGGAGGGAUUCUUGCUCCACUUCGACUCUCUGAUGCUUUAGCGGAGUUCCUUGGUACUGGUGAAAGUGAAUUGCCUAGGUCCAAUGUUAUCAAGAGAAUAUGGGAUUACAUUAAGCAAAACAACUUGCAGGAUCCAUCUGAUAGGAGAAGAAUAAUAUGUGAUGAGAAGCUGAAGGAGCUCUUUAAUGUCGACACUUUCAAUGGAUUUUCGGUCUCAAAACUCCUAACUAGUCACUUUAUAAAGACGUAACGGUGAGCUGUUGGACUGUCCUCAAUGGAUCUUGGAAUUUUGCAUGGAGUUCAAACUGCAACACUAACUGUUUUUUGGUAAUCUCAUGUAUGUAAUUUAUUACUACGAAUAGCGUUGGUUGGAUGUGGGAAGAGGGGGAAUCUGGUGGGGGGGAGAUAAAGAACUCCUUUCAGUUCUACUGUCUUCCUCUGUUUUUCAAGUUUGUUUUCUAAUAUAGAUUCAUCCUUUGGAAAACAAUGCGGCAAUACUUACACGCCUUAUUUUUACUUUGCUAAUGUAUUAUAUUAUCAUACACCUGUAAAUUUUACGAGAUAUAUGGAAGCUGAAUAUGGCAAACAGGUAGAAAAUAGCCACAAAAACUACUGCAUGUAACUGUGUGUUGUUUAUGUGUUUACUCUUCUGACAUGAUAGCCUACAGGCUAAAAGAGUUUGAUGUAAAAUAGGUGCCAGCCAAAACCCAACUUGUCACAACUGCAUCGAAUGUGAAGAUCACUGUGAAUAUAUUUCAUGCAUAAAAUCUUCUACCCUUUGUAGUAUUUGCUUUGAUUCUUUGAUUGCAGCCUGCAGUUCUUGACAAAAGGGCGCGGAAAAGGAGUGAACCAGAGUGAAGCUUGAAGAAAACUGCAAUUACUUUGAAUGUAUAGACAGCGAAGAAUCAAAGCCCUGAGAUCCUCAUUAUUGUUGGGAUUGUAUGAAGGCUAGUUUGUACGUUGCGAAUUGAUGUCGUUUACGGAAAGUAUUGUGUCAAAGGAUUCCUCUUUGUGCUUUUUGUUGGUGUACACUUUUUCUUGGGCUAUUCACGUUGGCUGUCUGGUGUGGUGGAGUGUGAAUCAGAAUCACCAUCAUAAGAUGAUAUAUACCUUUGGCCUUUGGGGUGGAGAUAGGAAUUCGUGGAAAUAAUCAUCAGUUCACUUUGCACCAUCCGUGAAAAAUAUACCAUUCUACACCACUUGUCUCCGUCAUCUUUCAUGGAUUGACAUCUUGUUUGCCUUCAUUUGCGACUCACUUAUGGGUAUUCCCAUACUUUCACGGUUGUAUCCAUCUCAAAUUCGGGUUUAUGUAAGGCAAACUAUAUCAUUUUUGUCAGCAUUAAAUCAAUGUUGAAAGCUGAGUUUAAGUAGUUCGACGUCUUUCUUGUAUGUACUUCGUGGCUCUCCAGUAAUGGGCAACCUUAUUUCAGAUUUUCAGGUGCCUUUUUCUCCAGGCAAAUUAUACCAUGGACUAGGGUCUACUUUGCAUAAUUGCAUUGUAGAUCCUGGUCCAAAAAUAACUUCCAGAUGUUGUAUCUGUAAUUGACAUAUUUUGUACGUGUAGUUGACAGUUUUUGUACCUGUAGCAAUUA